AUGUUGGUUGUGGAUAAUUCUGGUGGAAGACAAUUUCAUUCCACACAUCACUGUCAAUGUAUCUAUUCAAUGUAUGAAAAAACGUUAACAAACGCAACUUUAAUACAGACAAAGAAAUCAUUUAUCAUUUUGAUUGUGUUGAUACUCGCAUUAACAUUUGCUGAUGGUGCUUCAGGAUUGACAAGUUCUGGGAAUUUUUUGAAUGUCCCUUUUUACACACAUACGUUAACUACUAGUGCAACUGAAAAUAUCGGCGAUGACAAUAAUGUGUCGAUUCAUUCAUCAGAGGAUUUUAGAUUACCACGCACAUUGUUUCCACAUUUCUACGAUUUGUCAAUUCAAGUCCAUUUGCAUGAAAACAAGUCGCAAGCAUUUUUCUUCAAUGGAUCUGUGACAAUAAAAGUUUUCUGUAAUGUGUCGACAACCGAGUUCUUCGUACAUGCAGCCGAUAAUCUGAAUGUGAGCUUGGAUCAAAUCCAUAUAUCUUUUCUACAUGAAAAAAACCAAACAAUCUCUAUCCCUGAAAUAAAAGACGUUAGUUAUUUUAAAGAUGCUGAGUGUUAUCGAAUUAAACUCAAAACGCCUUUGCAACCAUAUACUUAUUACAAUCUGACAUUUGGACAGUUUCGUUCUGAUAUGGACUAUGAUUCUGAUGGAUUGUAUAUUAGCAGAUAUUUGGAAAAUGGGAUUUACAAAUAUUUGGCAAGUACUGAUUUAGAACCAAGUGAUGCAAGGAGUAUAUUACCAUGUUGGGAUGAGCCGGAAUUUAAGGCAAAGUUCAAGGUCAAUAUUGUACGCCACAAAAAUUUCCAUUCGCUUUCAAACAUGAAUUUGGAAAGUACGGAAGUUCUGUACGAUGAUUGGCAUGUCGACAGGUAUAACACCAGUGUGAGAAUGUCCACAUAUCUGUUGGCAUUUGUAGUUUCACAGUUUUCGAAUAUUCAGAGGACAGACAAUAGAGGACGAAACUUCACUGUUUGGGCAAGACCGGAUAAAAUUCGAUCAGCUGAAUAUGCACUUGAUAUUGGCAUAAAAUUAUUGGGAUACUUUGAAGAUUAUUUUGGCAUUCCCUAUUCACUUCCUAAAAUGGAUAUGAUUGCGAUUCCUAACUCUUCAAUAACGGCAAUGGAAAACUGGGGUUUGAUAACGUAUAGAGAAAAAUUUAUGUUGUGGGACCCAGAAAAUUAUUCAUUGGCAUCCAAAAUCCUUGUGACUUUCGUUAUUUCACAUGAACUUGCUCAUCAGUGGUUAGGAAACUUAGUGACAAUGAAAUGGUGGGAUAACUUGUGGUUGAACGAAGGCUUCGCAACAUUUUUCGAAUACAUCGGAGUACAGUUACUGCAUCCUGAGUGGAAAGUAGAUGAACUAUUCAUACUGGACGAAUUGAUUCGUGUGCUUGAUAAAGAUACAUCGAUGAAAUCAAGACCAGUCAUUUAUUCAGCCAAUACUAAAACACAAAUCAAAAGCAUGUUUGAUAUAUUCACCUAUAGUAAGGGCGCCUCCUUGGUUUGGAUGAUGGAGAAAUUCAUGGGCCGUAGCGCUUUUCAAAACGGUUUAAAAAGAUAUUUAAUUCAAAACCAGUAUAAAAACACAGAUGAAAAAGAUUUAUGGAAGGCAUUAUCUGAAGAAUGGAAUACUCAAGGAAAUCAUUUGGACAUUGGAUUUAUUAUGGACUCUUGGACUAAACAAAGUAAUUAUCCACUAGUGAUUGUGAAGAGAAAUGGGUCGAAUGUGUCCUUUUUUGAGCAGAUCCAUUACUUUCAACACUAUGGUAACAAGUCAUCUCAAACAAAUCAUGAACACUCCUGGAUAAUACCACUCACUUAUGGGUCAGCACCAACGGUGAAGUGGACAAAUUUUGAUAUUGUGUGGAUGGUGAACAACAAAAUGAAUCAAACAGUGAACAUAAGCUCAGACGACUGGUAUUUGGUGAAUGUAAAACAAGGAGGAUUUUAUCGGGUUCACUACGCUGACAAUAACUGGAUCUUAUUAAUCAAUCAAUUGCAAAGGAAUUUCACGGCUAUUCCAGUUUUCUCACGCGCACAAAUAUUGAAUGAUUUAUUCAGUCUUGCAAAUCGUCAUAUCGUGCCGUAUACUCUUUUCCUGAACGCGACAAAAUAUUUAAACCGCGAAGACGAGUUUAUUGUAUGGAUAACAGCUAGUCGAGCGCUGCUCUACAUUAAUAGCAUGUUUGCUCUGAAUGAGAAUUAUGACGUUUACCAAGCAUACUUGCAAACUCUUAUCGAUAACCGAAUUCAAUCAGCAAGUCGGUCAUUUGUUAGUACAGAUGAAGAUCUUCAAAGGAUACGCUUUGAUUAUAAUGUGAUCAAACUCUCUUGUAUAGCUGAACAUCAUCUUUGUGUGAACAAAACUACGGAUCUCUUCGGACAAUGGAUGUCGAAACCCGAAACGAACCCGAUACGACCUGAUUUGAGGUUCAUUACUUAUUGUACAGCUAUUCGUCAUGGUGGUCAUGAAGAAUGGAAAUUUUUAGAAAGUCAGCUGACGUUGAACGAUUCUGUAAAUGAGGAAGAUAACGAAAACAAGAUGUUGGCAUUAACGUGUUCUCGUGAUACAGAAAUCAUGAAAGAGUACUUUGAGCGUGUAAGAGAGAACAAGAACUUCUGGUUUACGCUUGAUUAUUUUGCAGAGUCACCAGUUGGUAACCAACUUUUAUGGGAUCACCUGAGUGAUGUACAUAAUUUUGUAAAACAUAAAGACUUUACGAAAUUAUUAACAAAAAGACUAACUGAAUAUCCUUACUCAGUGUUUAGUGGAACAAAUCAUGAAAAGAUCCUUGUAACAGAAGCUAAUCAUCAGAUAGACCCUGAACUUCAAAAGACGACCGAAUAUCUAAUUCAGAUAUCCAGAGAAAAACUGAAAUGGACUGAAAACUAUUCUGACGUUAUUAUUCAGUGGUUGAAUGAAAAUAUCCCAGUAUUUACCUAUUUAUCAUAG